AUGGUGCUUGUGCGUCUUUUUGCUGACGUCACCCACGCUUGCAACAGUGGCCAUAGCAAAUGCAGUGGCCAAGACAGCCAUCAGCAAAGCAACGUCUAUCGUGCAGGCGUGGCGCUGAAGACCGCCGCUGUCAAAGCACUUGGCAUUAAGGCCCUGGCUGGUCUGGCAUUCAAAGCAGCUGCUGUUAAAGGUGUCCUGGCUUUGAAGGGAGCUGCAGUUGUCCUCGGUGCGAAGGCAUUGGCCUCUCUUGCUCUUAAGGCGGCUGCUCUUAAAGGAGCAUUGAUAGCAAAAGGCGUUAUACUGGGCAAAAGUGCACUUGUUGGCGCGGCGGCCGCCAAGGUCGGGGCAGCGUUGCUGGCAAAAUCUUCUCUGUUGGGAGCUCUUAAACCUUGUACCCCGUUGAAGAUACCUACAAUUUUCGACAUCAUAUCUGGAGCUUGGAGCACCGUGCAGAAGGAAAAGGCGAUAAUCUGCCAACCGAAAACCAUUGUGCAGGAACCACCGGUUUUAUAUGAAUACAUAACUCAACCACGGGUGUAUUAUGAAACAGUACCGGUCAUAGAAGAAAUAGAAUACUUGAAAUAA